UCAGAAUUUUCAAACCAGACACACAAUCAGAACGAAAGUGAAUGUUUUAAGUUGAAUUUUCAUUUCCAGUUUGAAAGAGAGAAUGGCGUUCGACCGACGUUUGUUCAACGUGGUCCUUCUGGGCCUGGCUUUCAUGCUGAUUUUUACCGCCUUUCAGACCAUGGGCAACAUACAGAAAACCAUCAUUGAGAGUAUAAAGCAAGACAAUGAAAAAAAGAACGAUACGAGUUUUCAAGGCGAUGGCUACGUCAGUCUUUCAAUCAUUUAUGCUGUGAUGUCUAUACUAAACUGGGCAGCCCCUUCUGUCAUAAGUGUGAUAGGUCCGAACUUUGCUAUGUUAUUCGGGGGAAUCACCUACGUUCUCUUCAUUAUGUCGUUUCUCAUUCCUCGAACGUGGCUUCUGUAUUUGGCCAGUGUUAUCAUAGGAACAGGCGCUGCUGUCAUAUGGACGGGACAAGGCAACUACCUCACAUUAAAUUCCACACAGGCGACGGUAUCAAGAAAUUCCGGCAUUUUCUGGGCAAUGCUACAACUAAGCAUGUUUAUUGGAAAUCUCUUCGUCUAUUUCAAAUUCAAAGGCUUGGAUUCGAUUGAUGUAGAUACCAGAAAUAUGGUCAUUUGGACUUUGAGCGGGAUUGGAAUUGCUGGACUUGUGGUCAUGGUGCUUCUUCCUCGGCCGAAAAAAACAUCCCAAAUUGAUAUACCGGACGAAGUCCAGCAAACACCCCUCGAGGCGCUAAAAGGCGCUGUCAAGUUGUUCUUCACCAAAGACAUGCUCCUUCUCUCCAUCACAUUCUUCUACACAGGUAUUGAGUUGGGUUUCUUCAGCGGAGUCUACAGUUCAUGCAUCGGCUUCACUCAGAAAUUUUCCAAUCCCAAGGAACUCGUCGGCCUCUCUGGUAUUUUGAUCGGUCUUGGAGAAGUCCUCGGAGGGGCAGCGUUCGGCAUUUUGGGUUCCAAGACCAUCAAAUGGGGUCGCGAUCCCAUCGUUAUUGCAGGAUUUAUAGUCCACGUUAUCAGCUUCUUCCUCAUUUUCCUCAACUUGCCCAACAAUUCUCCCUUCUCGGACACCACAGACGGGGCUAUCAUCACAAGUAGUCCCGAAUUGGCCAUCUUCUGUUCCUUCCUCCUUGGUUUUGGAGACUCGUGCUUCAACACACAGAUUUACUCCAUUUUGGGGGGUGUUUAUUCAAAUAAUAGCGCAUCAGCGUUCGCUAUUUUCAAAUUUACACAAUCAGUGGCGGCUGCGAUUUGUUUUGGGUAUUCCACCGGUUUGAUUUUGUAUGGCCAGUUGGGGAUUCUUCUCGUUUUGGCCAUUUGUGGCACCGCUAGUUUUGUCAUGGUUGAAUGGAAAGUGAAGAAAGAAGCACUCGCUAAAAGUGUUCACGACAAUGCAAGCAGUGAAGGGAGUGAAAAAGCCGCUUUUUAAUGUCUUAUGAGUAUUUAUUUAUCUUUUAUACAUAAAAUUUUUCCCUGUGUAACAAGUAUUGCUUCUAAGAAGCUUUCUCUUAGUUCAAGUGGUAACAAACAAAGUUUCCUUUAAUAAUCUGUGAUGGAACGAAGUGAGACUGAUGAACCAAUUGUAUUUUGUUGCCAUUCCUUAAAUUAUAUCAAUUGUUAAUGACUCUUGUAAAUAUUAUGUAUAUUUUAGUGUGUCACAGAGUGUAAAUAUGUUUUUAUGGAAUCUGUGAUAAAAAUCAGGUUUUGGUAAUUUUAACAGACUUGCGAGAUUUUAAAAUGUAACAAAUCGUUGUAUAUUUUAAAUGUACCAUAAAAUUUAUUCAAUAUUGA